AUGACCUUUGGACCUCGAGGUAGGAUGUCAAGGUUGAAUAUAGACUUGCACGAGCUCUUUGCUGCGCAGAACGCACGUGCACAUGCGAUAGAGGCAGCACAACGACAAGUGACAGCAAAUCCAGUGGUAGUUGAGAACCUUCCAAUGGAGGAAAUGGCUAAUGAUGAACUCGGCGAUGGGGAAAUUCCUUAUGAAGAGCCGAUGGACCAAAAUGAGGAAGAUUCUGAGGAGGAUCCUAAGGAAGAUCCCGAGGAGGACCCUGAGGAAGAUUCUGAGGAGGAUCCUAAGGAAGAUCCCGAGGAGGACCCUGAGGAAGAUUCUGAGGAGGAUCCUGAGGAAGAUCCCGAGGAGGAUCCUGAGGAAGGUCCUGAUAUGGCUGCUGACAACGACACCGACAAGGCCGUAAAAGAGCUAGAAGUAGAACUGGCAGAGGUGAAGGAGAAAGUUGCAUCCACUGAGGCAAAGUUGGUUAGGUCUGUCGAACUGGAGAUGGAGCGUGACAAUCUGAAGGCAGAGUUAGUGACGAUGACCAACAAUUGGAUGGAGAAGAGCCAGUUCUGUGUGCAGCAUGAGAAGUGGAUGGAGAUGCUGAAUAGCAUGAUCAUUGAUUUGCAGGAAGAUGUGGUGUCUUUGCAAACAGAUAAGGAGUUGUGGGAGAAGGAGAGGAAGGAGUUGUAA